AUGGCGUCGCCGGAGCCGCCCUUCCCCGAUGCCCCUCCGCCGCCGCCCUGCCCCGACGCCCCGGCGGCGCUGCCCUGCAUCCCCGGCGCCUUGCCGGCCUUGGAGGCGCAGGCGACCCUCCCGGGCCACGUCACGGAGGAGAUCCUCCUCCGCCUCCCCACGGCCGCCGACCUCGCCCGCGCGUCCAUGGCCGGCCCCGCCCUCCGCCGCAUCAUCGCCAACCACACCUUCCUCCGUCGCUUCCGCACCCUCCACCCGCCGCCUCUGCUGGGUAUACUCUCGGAUCCCUUCUUCCCAGCCCAGCCGCCCCACCCCUCCGCCGCCGCCGCCGGAACACUCGCAGGCACCGACUUCUCCUGCUCCUUCCUCCCCUCCCGCGAGCAGCGGUGGCGUCGCUGCGACUUCCGCGACGGCCGCGCCCUCCUCUGCAUCGACACCGACGGCGGUGCCAUGGUGAGGGACGUCGCCGUCUGCGACCCGCUGCACCGGCGCUACCUGCUGCUACCUCCUGUCCCCCAGGGCCUGCCCGAUCUGGUCCAUCACUUGGAUCCUUUCCUUGCUCCUGCCAGCGCAGACGAGGGCGCUGACACUGCUGCGGGCGCUCCCUUGAGAUUCAAAGUCAUGUGCUUGGCCCAGUACCACACCCGCUUGGUCCUCUACGUCUACUCUUCAUCCGCCCCCCAUGCCGGACAAUGGCGCACCGUCACAUUUGAUGGCUGGGCCGCUCUCCUCGCAGGAGUCAGUAUCCAUGUGCGAUCCUCUGUUGCGUUCGGAAAGCGCUACUACGCGCACGGGUGCUUCUGUUGGCCGAUAUGUGCGAUCAACAAGUUGCUCUUGCUCGACACAGCUACCACCGAGUUCUCCUCCGUCCACCUUCCGCCUGAUCUCAUGAAUCACCAGGUGGCCUUUGUGGAAGCAACCGAAGGGAGGCUUGGGAUGUUCGCUCUCAGCCAAGUUCCCACACACCUCGUGCCUCGCCUCCGGUAUUCCAUUUUGGUUCGCACCGGGGAUGACCCAGGGCGGUGGGAAAAGAAAAAGGUGGUCACAUUGUCCCAUGAUUACUGCUAUCAGAUCAUUGGUGUAGCUGGGGGGUACCUGCUCCUAUAUCUGGUUACAGACAACCCGGAUUCGUUCCCUCCGGGUAAAGUGCCGGACCCGGGCUGCUUUUCACUGAAUCUUCGCACUAUGGAUCUUGAGCGCUUCUCUCGGAAUAGAGAUAUACUGCCAUUGCUGGGCCAACUGUAUUCGGGCUUCCCGCGAUACUUGACUCCACCAACUAUUUGA